AUGGAGUUGGCAAAUGAAACUGCCAUCCAGGAAUUCAUUUUGCUGGGAUUUGGAAUGGAUCAGCAAAAACGCUUCUUGCUGCUUGUUUUCUUGAUUAUCCUUUAUGUUCUAACACUGGUUGAAAACAGCACCAUUAUAACCCUGGUCUGUCAAGAUAACCAUCUGGGCCAGGUUCCCAUGUAUAUCAUCCUUAGCAACUUUUCCUGGCUGGAGAUGUGUUAUGUGACUACCACAAUUCCCCGCAUGCUUUUUGACCUUGUGACCCAUAACCAGGUUAUCUCUUUCAAUGCUUGCUUCUUCCAAUUCUAUCUCUUGUUCUCUCUUGGCACCACUGAAUUCUUCUUCCUUUCAGCCAUGGCUUUAGAUCGAUACUUAGCCAUCUGCCACCCAUUACACUACCAGAUCAUCAUGACCCCACAUUCUUGUUAUAUUCUGGUAACCGCUUGUUGGAUCCUCGGUUUCCUGGGGUACAUCACACCUGUUGUUUUCCUCUCUAAGUUAUCUUACUGUGGACCCAACAUUAUUGAUCAUUUUGUGUGUGACCUCAUUCCACUUCUGUCCUUGGCUUGUCCUCCUCUUGGAAAUGCUCCAUUGAUUUGCCAAAUUAUUGUGAACAUUCUGUUUUUAAGCAAUGUAUUAUUUGUUAUACUAUCCUAUGGCAUUGUGAUUUACACUUUGAUGAAAUCCUCCAAUAAAGGGAAUUGUAGGAAGGGCUUCAACACUAUAUCUAUGCAUCUUUUAGUGGUGACACUUUUCUAUAGCACAGUAGGAGCAAUGUAUCUAAUUCCAAUUGGAGAAAGCCAUUUAAAGAUUAGUAAGACAAUAACACUCUUCUAUGUUGCCAUUAUACCUUUCCUCAACCCUUUGAUCUACUGUCUGAGGAACGAUCAAGUGAAGGAGGCACUGCACAAAUUAUUGGCAGAAAUAUCAGGCUUCAUAAUGUCAACAAUCACAGUUUAA